UUUGGUGCACACACAACACAAGGCUCGUACAACAUUCUUCAUAUGGCUCUUCGCUGCUUAUUUCAAUCUUCAACAACUUCCUCUCAUCUCUCUAAGAUCUGUGGAUUUCGUAUGCAUGGGACAAAAGCAGCAGCUUCUGUUGUAGAAGAACAUGUCUCGGAGAUGGUGGGGACAGAACGUGAGUAUGAAGAGUAUGCUGAUGUGGAUUGGGACAAUCUCGGAUUCGGUCUUGUACGGACAGAUUACAUGUUCUCCACCAGAAGUUGCAGAGACGGAAACUUCGAAGAUGGUUGCCUUAGCCGUUACGGCAACAUCGAGCUUAACCCUGCAGCUGGAAUUCUAAACUAUGGCCAGGCAAGGCUUCAAAUCUCAUCCAAAGGACUAAUCGAGGGGAUGAAAGCGUACAGAGGAGAAGACGGUAGGAUUCUUCUCUUUCGUCCAGAGCUAAAUGCGUUGCGUAUGAAGAAAGGAGCUGAGAGAAUGUGUAUGCAUUCUCCUUCUGUUCAACAGUUUUUGGAAGGUGCUAAGCAGACCGUUCUUGCAAACAGACGUUGGGUUCCUCCUCCGGGCAAAGGCUCGUUGUAUCUCAGACCGUUGUUGUUUGGAAGUGGACCAAGCUUGGGUGUGUCUGCAGCAUCAGAGUACACGUUUCUUGUGUUUGGCUCUCCUGAAGGCACAACCGCGUUGAACCUCUACGUUGAGGAAGUGAUUCCACGCGCGUAUCUUGGAGGAACUGGUGGCGUUAAGGCCAUUUCUAAUUACGGUCCAGUCCUUGAAGUGAUGAGAAGAGCGAAAGCGAGAGGGUUUUCGGAUGUUUUGUAUCUUGAUGCAGAAACUAAGAAGAACGUAGAAGAAGUUUCUGCUUCUAAUAUAUUCCUUGUGAAGGGGAAUACAAUAGUGACUCCAGCUACAAACGGGACGAUUCUCAGAGGGAUCACACGGAAGAGCGUUAUCGAAAUCGCCCUUGAUCUUGGUUACAAUGUGGAAGAACGAAAAGUUCCGGUAGAGGAACUCAAGGAAGCAGAAGAAGUUUUCUGCACUGGAACUGCCACUGGAGUUGCUUCUGUUGGAAGCAUCACAUUUCAGAACUCAAGGAUCGAGUACAAAGUGGGAGAUGGGAUUGUUACGCAGCAAAUUCGAUCGAUACUUGUGGGAAUACAAACUGGUUCUAUCCAAGACACCAAGGAUUGGAUUGUGCAGAUUGACUAA